CAGUUAGGGUUUUAUUUUGAAGGCUGUUACCGGAAAUGUUUUGAGCGCAUAUUUACACUUUCCUCUCAGUCCCGGUGCGUUCAGUGUAUGUACUGACUUAGAAUACUGCACAGUGAGUCCGAGUUGAAUCAGGUGAAUCAGACAGAAGCAGAGAGAUGUGGUGGGUGCUGUGGGUGCUCGCAGCCUUGCUGGCUCUCUUCUGCACUCUGGAUGUGUGGUAUUUCCUGCAGGCGGCUGUUGUUGUCAUCCGGGCCUGGUUUAAGCCAACAAUCUGGGAUGUCACAGCAGAGCAGACCAUCACAGGCCGGGUCACUCCCCACGACAUUGACAUGUGCCAUAUGAACAACGCUCGAUACCUCCGAGAGUGUGACUUUGCCCGUUUCUCUCUCUACGUACGUAAUGGUGUGUUCAAGGCAUUGCGAGCCCUGGGAGGGUCCAUGGUCGUGGGGGCCACCACCAUCCGAUACCGCAGGGCUCUGUAUAUAGGCGAGGGCUACGAGCUGCGGAGCCGAAUAGUCACUUGGGAUGAAAAGGCCUUUUUCCUGGAGCAGAGAUUUGUGUCAACAAAAGAUGGGUUGGUGUGUGCCGUCAUGUACUGCAAGCAGACUGUCAUACGCAGCAGCCCUGACAAGAUCAUGCAGCACCUGUGCAAGCGGAAGGUGGAGUGCCCUGAGUUCCCAGAGGACCUUCAGCACUGGGUUAACUUCAUCUCUGCCAGCAGCCAAGCCCUCAGGGCAGAGAGCGGACUAGAUGAGAAGAACAAAUAAGGGAUAGAAUGGGCAGCUAUUGAGACUGGCUUUUGGAACCUGGCUAAUUUACCAGCCUCUUGAAUGAGACAUUUGUCGUCUCUUCUCAACUACUGGACUUAAACACAUUCGUGCCUACACUAUCUGCAAAUGAGCCUUGCUCAGACCGUUUACUUAUCUGUGUCACCAUUGUAUGGCAUGGCUAAAAACAGAUGACCUAUUCAUCAAAAUGAAAGUAAUUUGAUUGGAAGGUGUAUCUUCAUGUAUUAUGAGAGCAAUAAAACAAAUCUAUUUUGA